AUGGCAGAGAACCGGAUUUCCGCUACCGAUCCCUAUCCGAGACAUCGGGUGCAAGCUCUUGACGUGGAGUUCGCCACCGUGGAUACGGGUGCGGGAGACCCCGUCGUGUUCCUGCAUGGUAAUCCCACGUCCUCCUACCUGUGGCGCAACGUAAUUCCUCAUGUGGCUGAGAUGGGGCGCUGCCUGGCCCCCGACCUGUUGGGAAUGGGUGAUACGGAUCGGCCGCCGGACGGGACAUACCGAUUGGUUGACCAUGCGCGUUAUCUGGACGCCUGGUUCGAUGCCGUGGGCCUGACCGAGAACGUCACGUUGGUUUGCCACGACUGGGGUUCUGCCUUGGCAUUCCAUUGGGCACAACGGCACCGGGACCGGGUUAAGGGCAUCGUGUACAUGGAAGCAAUCGUGCGCGCCCUGGCGUGGGACGAAUGGCCGGAACGGUCGCGUUCGCUGUUCGAGUCCAUGCGCUCGCCGGCCGGGGAGGACAUCGUCCUGGAGAAGAAUGUGUUUGUCGAGCGCAUCCUUCCUGCCAGCGUGAUGCGCGGCCUAACCGACGCGGAGAUGGACGUGUACCGCAGGCCGUACCUGGAACCGGGAGAGUCGCGGCGUCCAACCCUGACCUGGCCGCGGCAGAUUCCCUUGGGCGGCGAUCCCGCCGACGUGGUGACGAUCGUCGAUGAGUAUUCCCGAUGGUUGUCGAGCAGCGAAGUCCCCAAGUUGUUCAUCAACGCCGACCCGGGCACCAUCCUGACGGGCGCGCAGAGGGAGUUCUGCCGUGGCUGGCCCAACCAGCGGGAGGUAACGGUGAGAGGAUUUCAUUUCAUCCAGGAGGACUCCCCGGUUGAGAUCGGCCAGGCUAUCGCCGAAUGGCUGGCCUCCUUGCGCUGA